AUUGUCGUAAAAAUCGGGGGCAGCACCCUGGGCAACAACGACACCAGCCUGAAGGACUUGGUGGCGUUGCAACAGCAGGGCCGCGACGUGGUGGUAGUCCAUGGCGGCGGCCCCGUGAUAUCUAAUUGGAUGCAGCGCCAGGGCAUUGCGCCCCGCUUCGUUAAUGGCUUGAGGAUAACCGACGCAGAAAGCCUGGACAUCGUAGUGGCCGUCCUUACCGGCCUGGUCAAUAAGGAACUGGUCGGCAUCAUGCACGGCCUGGGCGCCCGGGUGCUGGGAAUGAGCGGCAUCGACGCCGGCAUCCUGGAGGCCCGGGUCGCCAACCCUGACCUGGGAUUCGUGGGCGAAAUUACCAGGGUCAAUCCGGAACCCAUCAACGCGAUACUGGAUGGCGGCUACAUACCGAUGCUGGCGCCCCUGGCCAUGCAGGAACGGGACGGCUCCGAGCAUUCUGGCGGCGCCCUGAACAUCAACGGCGACACGGUGGCCGGGGAGUUGGCCCAUGCAUUGGGGUCGGAGCAUCUGAUUUUCCUGACCGACGUGCCCGGGGUGAUGGACGGCAACGGUCGGGUCAUGGCCCGCCUAAACCGUCGCCGGGCCAGCCUGCUGCUGAAUUCCGAUAUUGUGCGCGGCGGGAUGAUUCCCAAGUUGGAAGCCUGUGUUCGGGCCCUGGAAAGUGCCCCGGUAACGGACAUUGUGGAUGGGCGGGAACCCGGUGUUCUGCUGAAGUGCCUGGAAGGGGAAGGCGGCGGCACCCGCAUUACUGCCUAG